ACUCAUAUACGCCCUUCAACCCUCUCUCUCUCUCUCCCUUUGCUGCUUUCUUUUCUGCUCCCACACAAUACACACAACACAUAUACAUACACCCCAUAUGUGUACAUGUAUAUAUAUGCAAUGAAUUGAACCACACCACACCACUCAUCCAACCCCAAUUAUCUUUACAUCUCAACUUUCAAACCCACUCACCAUUCUCCCUCUCUCUUUCUCUAAAGCCACAGUUUUUGCGGUACUUUGAAUCAGGAAGAUAUAUACUGCUUUUUCUAAAGCUUCAUAUAACCCCUUUUAUGGUCCAUUCAUGGGAUUUCCAGUUCCAAUUGCUUUAAAUCUUGGAGGGUAGAGGAAAAGAGUGAGAGAAAUCCAGUGUUUUCUUGAGGUUUUCAUAGGAAUUUUGAGUGGGGAAGAAAGGGUAGCAGAGACUAGCAGCCAUAGCCAUGCCUAUAAGGCAGAUGAGGGAGACAUCAGAGCAGCACUGUGUGAUCAAAACCCAGCUGCAAAACGCCAUGAAUGCAGCUCAGAAGAGCUCAAAGACUGGGCAGAGUGGGAAAGGCCCACCAAAUCAAGAACUGGUGAGUGGCAAAGCUCAGGAGCAGAUUUCGCCUCCACCGGGGAGAAACCGGGGGCGGAGGAGGGGAAGGGGUGGCCGGAAAUCGGAUCAAGGUGAGGCCUUUAUGCGGCCAAGUUCAAGGCCUUGCACAGCUAAACAUAAGCCAGUAAUUGCAGGACAGCCUGCAGGUGAAGCUGUUGUGGUGGAGGCUGUUUUGCCUAAUGGGUCAGCUCAAAAUGCAGGCAAUAUGUGCAAUCUUGAUUUAGGGUUCCCUUCGUCGCGAAAAGCCUUGAGCUUUGCGCCUCGGCCCGGCUAUGGGCAGCUUGGGGUGAAGUGCAUAGUAAAGGCCAACCAUUUCUUAGCAGAGCUACCAGACAAGGACUUGAACCAGUAUGAUGUUACUAUUACUCCUGAAGUCUCAUCAAGAACCGUAAACCGAGCUAUCAUGGCAGAACUGGUGAAACUGUACAAAGAAUCCGAUUUAGGGAUGAGAUUACCUGCUUACGAUGGCAGGAAGAGUCUAUACACAGCCGGUGAGCUUCCUUGUUCGUGGAAGGAGUUCACCGUUAGGCUUAUAGAUGAAGACGAUGUUAUCAACGGUCCAAAGAGGGAGAGGGUGUACAAAGUAGUUAUAAGGUUCGUGGCUAGAGCAAAUUUGUACCAUAUGAACCAAUUUCUUGCUGGAAAGCGUGCAGAUGGUCCACAGGAAGCUCUUAAAAUCCUGGAUAUCGUGCUAAGAGAGGCCUCGAUAAAGAGGUAUUGUCCCGUUGGAAGAUCGUUUUUUUCACCCGAUAUCCGGAGACCACAGCCUCUUGGUGACGGUUUAGAAGCAUGGUGUGGGUUCUACCAGAGCAUUAGACCUACCCAGAUGGGUCUAUCCUUAAAUAUUGAUAUGGCCUCAGCUGCAUUUAUUGAAGCCCUCCCGGUAAUUGAAUUUGUUGCUCAGCUUCUGGGAAAAGAUGUGUCAUCAAGGCCAUUAUCUGAUUCUGAUCGCGUAAAGAUUAAGAAGGCCCUUCGAGGGGUAAAAGUUGAGGUGACACACCGGGGCAAUGUUCGAAGAAAAUAUCGAGUUUCUGGUUUAACAACACAGCCCACAAGAGAACUAGUGUUUCCCGUUGAUGACAACUCAACCAUGAAGUCAGUAGUUGAAUAUUUUCAAGAAAUGUAUGGCUUCACUAUUCAAUAUACUCACCUCCCCUGCCUUCAAGUAGGGAAUCAAAAGAAAGCAAAUUAUUUACCGAUGGAGGCGUGCAAAAUUGUGGAGGGACAACGAUAUACUAAAAGAUUAAGUGAAAAGCAAAUCACUUCUCUACUCAAGGUUACAUGUCAAAGACCAAGGGAUCGAGAAAAUUCUGUUUUACAGACAGUUCAACAUAAUUCAUAUGACCAAGACCCGUAUGCAAAGGAGUUCGGGAUUAAAAUUAGUGAAAAACUAGCAUCUGUUGAAGCACGAGUUCUCCCUGCUCCUUGGUUAAAAUACCAUGAAACUGGAAAGGAGAAGGAUUGUUUGCCUCAUGUAGGGCAGUGGAAUAUGAUGAAUAAGAAAAUGAUCAAUGGGAUGACUGUUAGCCGGUGGGCUUGCAUUAACUUCUCUCGAAGUGUCCAAGAAAGUGUUGCCCGUGGAUUUUGUAAUGAACUGGCACAGAUGUGCCAAGUAUCCGGCAUGGAAUUCAACCCCGAACCAGUAAUUCCAAUACAUACAGCCAGGCCCGAACAAGUUGAGAAAGCAUUGAAACAUGUUUAUCAUUCGUGUAUUAACAAGUUAAAGGGGAAAGAAUUGGAGCUUCUAUUGGCCAUUCUCCCAGACAGCAACGGGUCCUUGUAUGGUGACAUAAAGAGGAUAUGUGAGACCGAUCUCGGGCUGAUAUCUCAGUGCUGUCUUACAAAACACGUCUUCAAGAUCAGCAAGCAAUAUCUGGCUAACGUCUCGUUGAAGAUCAAUGUCAAGAUGGGUGGGCGAAACACUGUUCUAUUAGAUGCUAUAAGCUGUAGAAUUCCCUUGGUGAGUGAUAUACCAACCAUCAUAUUUGGAGCAGAUGUUACACACCCGGAGAACGGAGAAGAUUCCAGCCCGUCAAUAGCUGCUGUAGUAGCUUCUCAGGAUUGGCCCGAGGUUACGAAAUAUGCAGGUCUCGUUUGUGCUCAAGCUCACCGGCAGGAACUCAUCCAAGAUCUGUACAAGACAUGGCAGGAUCCUGCACGGGGAACAGUUAGCGGAGGCAUGAUUCGGGACCUAUUGAUCUCCUUCAGAAAGGCAACCGGCCAAAAACCGCAAAGGAUCAUCUUUUACAGGGAUGGUGUGAGUGAAGGGCAAUUCUAUCAAGUCUUGCUUUUUGAGUUGGAUGCAAUUCGGAAGGCUUGUGCAUCCUUGGAACCAAACUACCAACCGCCAGUGACAUUUAUCGUGGUGCAAAAACGACAUCACACUCGACUCUUUGCCAACAAUCAUAAAGAUCGAAGCAGCACUGAUAAGAGUGGGAACAUAUUGCCCGGUACUGUCGUCGAUUCAAAAAUCUGUCACCCCACAGAAUUCGAUUUUUAUCUCUGCAGCCAUGCUGGAAUCCAGGGGACAAGUCGGCCCGCGCAUUACCAUGUUCUAUGGGACGAGAACAACUUCACAGCUGACGGGAUUCAGUCUUUGACAAACAACCUGUGUUACACAUACGCGAGAUGCACUCGUUCCGUUUCUGUUGUUCCUCCAGCAUAUUAUGCUCAUCUAGCGGCGUUCAGGGCCCGAUUCUACAUGGAACCGGACAUGCCGGAGAGUGGAGGCGGUGGCGGUGGCGUCAAGAGUGGUAAAGGCGGUGGAGAGUCGGGAGUGCGGCCGUUGCCGGCUCUGAAGGAAAACGUGAAAAGGGUGAUGUUUUACUGCUAGGAAGAUGAUGAGUAAUAAGUAGGGAGGAAUGUAACAAGUAGGGGAUAGAGUGUAAGCUUAGCCUUUUGUUGUAUAUUUUCAUGUUCAUCCUUAGGUUAAUUGCAAUCAAGAUUUUAACAGUUAGAUCACUGAUGUAAAAAGGGCAGCUUCACUUUCUACUAAUGAAUUUAGUAGCCUUCUUUCACCA